UUCAUUCUUUUAUAUUCAAAGAGAGGAGGAAGUCAGAGACUGUGUUCUCCAAUGGAAAACCAAAGAAGCUUCAUCUUCUUUUUUCUUCUCUUCUCCUUCACAAUCACUAGUUCAGCUGGUCAUGCAGGCCAAGAACUACAUAAACAGCCCCAUAAGGCUGUUAAACUGUUUGUGUUUGGAGACUCGUAUGCCGAUACUGGGAAUCGAAACAAAACAGAUAGUCCGUCAUGGAAUGAACCUUAUGGUAUCACUUUUCCUGGUAAACCGUCAGGCCGAUUCUCUGAUGGUCGUGUCCUCACCGAUUAUGUAGCUUCUUCUCUGGGAGUAAAAUCUCCAUUGCCAUAUGAACAGAGGCAGCACGCCACAACAUCGCAGUUACGAUAUGGAAUGAACUUUGCAUAUGGAGGCAGUGGAGUUUUCAACACAAUCUUCCCUGUCCCAAACAUUUCUACUCAAAUCAACUUCUUCCAGAAUAUUCUACUGGAAGAAAUGUUGUACUCCAAAUCCGAUAUCAACUCCUCCAUUGCUCUGGUAUCUCUAGCAGGCAACGACUACAUUACUUUCCUAACUCAAAUUGGUGGCGAAACCGUGGGGUUUGAGGAACUCUCGAGGUCAGUGAUUAAUCAACUAAUGAAGAAUUUAAAGCAAAUUAGCGACUUGGGUUUGCAGAGAAUUAUGGUUAUAGCAAUCGAGCCUCUCGGAUGCUUGCCAAGAAUUACCGCUAUAUCUUCCUACAAAAGUUGCAACAAAACUGUCAACACAUUCGCCAAGUUCCAUAACGUGUUGUUGAGGAAAUCAGUGGACAACCUAAAUCGAAAGAGCGGGAGAUUCGAAUUUGUGAUCUUGGAUCUCUACAGAGCAUUCAUGUCAGCGAUCAAGAGAUCGCAACGUCCAGGGAUAUUGAAGCCAUGUUGUGUAGGUGUGAAUAAUGAGUAUUUAUGUGGAAGUGUUGAUGAGAAUGGAGAAAAGAAGUAUUUGGUGUGUAGCAAUCCCGAAUUGUCAAUCUUUUGGGAUGAAGUACACCCUUCACAGAAUGGUUGGCAUUCUAUAUAUUUGUCUCUAUGAUCAGAACUUCGCAGGCUAAGACUCUAAAACCACUUUAUUCUCAAUACAGUGUGUAUAUAAAUAAAUCCUCACUGCCCAAAUGGAAGUGUCCAAAAAUACAAACACCAAACACAAAGAGAGGAGUGGAGGACAAUGGAGAAGAGGGUGUAUCAGUAUGAUGUUGUCACUCUCACGCUAGUUUUUGUCAGCAACAAACCUGCAGCUACGAUGAAUCCUAUAAUUCAUGUAGAAAAAUAACUAUAUGAUGAUCAUAAAAUAGUGUGCAUAAGUGAUGGUUGUGAUCGCUUGCUUGAUUUUCUUCUCUUGUCUCUUUAUUAAUUAAUUAAUAAGAAAAAUGUGGGGUUUAUGCA